AUGUCUACCACUGUUGAAAAAAUUAAAGCUGUCGAGGAUGAAAUGGCCCGUACCCAAAAGAAUAAGGCCACAUCCUUCCAUCUGGGUCAGUUGAAGGCCAAGCUGGCCAAGCUGAGAAGAGAACUACUAACCAGUGCCUCCUCUGGUAGCGGUGGUGGUGCUGGUGUGGGGUUUGAUGUGGCCAGAACUGGGGUGGCUAGUGUGGGGUUUGUCGGGUUCCCGUCGGUGGGUAAAUCCACACUAUUGUCCAAGUUGACUGGUACGGAGUCUGAAGUUGCCGAGUAUGAGUUUACCACGUUGGUCACCGUGCCAGGUGUUAUCCGUUACAAAGGUGCCAAGAUCCAAAUGCUAGAUUUGCCUGGUAUCAUCGACGGUGCUAAAGAUGGUAGAGGUAGAGGUAAGCAAGUCAUUGCCGUGGCCAGAACUUGUAACCUGUUAUUUAUCAUUCUGGAUGUUAACAAGCCUUUGCUCCAUAAGCAAAUCAUUGAGAAAGAACUGGAAGGUGUGGGGAUCCGUUUGAACAAGUCUCCACCUGACAUUUUGAUCAAGAAGAAAGAAAAGGGUGGUAUUUCUAUCACGAACACAGUUCCUUUGACCCACUUGGGGACCGACGAAAUCAGAGCCGUGAUGGGUGAAUACAGAAUAAAUAGUGCAGAGAUUGCCAUCAGAUGUGAUGCGACUGUGGAUGACUUGAUUGAUGUCCUGGAGGCCUCGUCCAGAAGGUACAUGCCUGCAGUUUAUGCUUUGAACAAGAUCGAUUCCCUAUCGUUAGAAGAACUGGAGUUGCUAUACAGAAUCCCCAACGCGGUCCCCAUCUCGUCCGGUCAAGAUUGGAAUUUGGAUGAGUUGUUGCAAGUCAUGUGGGAUAGGUUGAACCUAGUCCGUAUUUACACUAAACCAAAGGGCCAAAUACCUGAUUUUACCGAUCCGGUGGUCUUAAGAUCGGACCACUGUAGUGUCAAAGAUUUCUGUAACCAAAUCCAUAAAUCGUUGGUGGACGAUUUCAGAAAUGCUUUAGUUUUCGGUAGCAGUGUCAAGCACCAACCUCAGUAUGUGGGGUUGAACCAUGUUUUGGAAGACGAAGAUGUCGUUACUAUCUUGAAGAAAUGA